AUGAUAUGCGACGAGGCUUUCAUGUCGAGUGCUUUGGAUGUCCCAAUCAAAGGUGAUCAAACAUACCCCGUCAGUACACCGGCAGUGGAGCAUCAGUAUGAUGAAGAUCAAAACAAAUGGUUGAGAAUGGUGAAUCUGGAACUUUGUGAUCGCGCCGAUCUGUCGUCAUUGAUGUCAAAUAUCAAUUUCUUGCAAAAGUUGGCUUCAGUCCGAUUGUACUGUGGAGCGACAGAUUAUGAACCGAAGGAAAUAGAUGCUUGUCUCUGUUUACCCACCAAAAUCGAAUUAAUUGGCACGCGAAUAAUUUUCUCCUAUCAGUUAUCCCCGUUUGGAUCAGUGUACGAUUUAUUGCAUCAACACAGCAGACCUUUAGACGAAACGUCUAUAGCCAUUCUGUUCAGUCGUGCCGUUUACUGUCUAGCACAAUUGCAUUCUCGAGGCGUUUUACAUCGAAAUCUAAGCACAAAACACCUACUUGUGAAUGAGGCCCGGAAGGAAGACAGUUCAAAUGAACUGGCCAUUCAGUUAUGCGGUCUCGGCAGUCUUACGCAAUUCCCUCUGAGCUGUAACAUUCUCCGCAAUGAUCUACCACCCAUACAUGUGUCUUGGCGUGGAUGGAAGUUAUGGUACGAUAAAUCCAUGGGAUCUGUAUCACAUCCGACCGCAUGGUAUAGUCCCGAGAUGAUCGGUCAAGAUUUUGUGGGCUAUUCUUGGCCUUCAGAUAUUCACAGUCUUGGGUGGAUUUUAUAUGAAUUAUGCACAAAAAAUGAACCCUACGUUGGUUUAUCGCCCAUUCAGGUGGUGCUGGAGAAGUUAACUAAUGACAAAGCGCCGGAAAUCGCGGAUGAUCUUGAGGCGAAAGGAUACAGCAAUGAGUUGAUCCGUGUCUUUCAAGCGUGCGUCUGUCGAAAUCCCGGAAAACGACCUACUGCAAAUCAACUACUUCACACGCCGUGGGUACAACGCGGAUGGAGGACACCGCUGAAACGCUCACUAUUCAUUUGA